CAUUCUGCUAAUUUGGUAGCUUUAUGUGCCAAAAGAAAAGAAACUUGACGGAGAAAGGAUCAUGAAAGUCCAAAACCAACAAGAUCCGCCCGAUAAACCGAUCUUCCACGAUCGAAUUUUGGAUUUGGGGGUUCUCGACGCGGGCGCUUUACGAGUCCAUAUUCCUCCUCUAAGGCAUUCUUGCAUCUGGCAGUGUUGCUUUAAGGCCUGUGCCCUAGCUGCAGGGCAAGAAGCACAAGCGAGAAGAUUAGCGGAGAAAGGAAGAGGAGAGGAGGAGGUGAAGAAAUGGGAAGCUUCAUAUACCACGUAUUCUCCUCAUCUGGACUCUUCUCUCUCGGUCUCUUCCAUCUGAUCGCCGCCACCCGCAGCCACCUGAAGUCGCCCCGCGAACACUCUGCGAAGCCCUUCUACCACCUUUCCAACUUCCCUUCAUCGUUCCCCCGCCUCCGCCACCUCCCUCUCUACCUGAUCAUCCUUUCCCUCUUCGUCGCCUUUGCCCACCAAACAGUGAUCUCCUUUGAUUCCGACCCGCUCCUCAAGGGCCGCACCCCUGUCCACAGAUUCUCUUCCCUCCAGUCCGCUGCCAUCAUUCUAUGCUUUCUCCUCCUCUCCGUCUUCCCUCUCCUUGUAUCAGAACCCUCCUUGCCCCGAGAUGAAAUCUUCUUUGCCCUCGCCUCUGCCCUUUUCUAUCUCUGUUUCUAUGCCUCAUCGUCCUCUGCAUUUUUUCAGACUUCUGAUCUGCAAGCCGAGUGUGACACUGUGUCCGCCCGCAUAUCUUCCGCCUCCUCUCUCCUCUGUGUGGUUCUUGCCUGCAAUUCCAGACUCUUUGUGGCCGAGCUUCUCUUUGCUGCCUCAAUUUGCCUUCAGGGACUUUGGGCCUUCCAAACCGGUCUCUCCCUGUACGUUGAGGCCUUUAUUCCGGAGGGAUGCCACAAGCUAUUGGAUGUGGUCAGUGGUGUAGAGGGGUCCACCAAGUGUGAAUUGGAGGAUUCCAAGUUGAGGGCCGUUGCUCUCCUGGAUUUCAUCUUUGUAGUCCAUGUCUUCUUUGUGCUGCUCAUUGUGAUGGUCACUUAUGCAGUUGCUGCCAGGACCAUAAGGCGAUCUGGUUCCUAUGAGGCUUUAUCCACAUCUGCUAGCCCCGUUGUCUCCAACCAUAUCCAGAUGAAGGCCUUCAGCGGGACACAGGCUUAAUUAGGAUGACUGCAUUCACUAGUGUUACUGUAUUUUUUAUUUUUACUUUUAACAGUCACCUGUUUCUACUGAACUCCUUUUUACUGCUUUUUAUGAUGGAUGAUAGAAUAGUUUUUGAAUUUUCAUCACCUCAACCCCUUGGCCCUCUGUUUUUAUUCAUCAUUUUCCGUCUGCUGUCAUAGCAUUAUUACAAUGAAAUAUAUGAUAUACUGGGAUAAAAUGUCAUAUCAAGAUCAUAGCUUAACUGUCGAACCUUGUUGCCAG